GCGACAGACAAGGCUUCCGGUAGGCUGAGUUCUACUCUCUCAUGGGUGAAGAAGUCGGUCGGUCAGAUGGCUAGCCAGGUGGCCCCGCCCACGUCCCUGCCGAGCUCCGCGUCCUCGCCGUCGUUGUCCUCGCCGUCGUCACCGCCUCAGCUCAGCCCCGAUGACGUGGAGCUGCUGGCCAAGCUGGAGGAGCAGAACAGGCUUCUGGAGACGGACAGCAAAUCUCUGCGCUCCAUGAACGGCUCGCGGAGGAACAGCGGCUCCUCACUGGUGUCCAGCUCCUCGGCCUCCUCCAACCUUUCGCACCUGGAGGAGGACUCCUGGAUCCUGUGGGGGCGCAUCGUCAAUGAGUGGGAGGAGGUCCGCAAGAAGAAGGAGAAGCAGCUCAAGGAUCUGGUUCGAAAAGGGAUCCCGCACCACUUCCGCGCCAUUGUGUGGCAGCUACUAUGCAACGCCCAGAACAUGACCAUCAAGGACCAGUACUCGGAGCUCUUGAAGAUGACGUCGCCGUGCGAAAAGCUGAUUCGCCGGGAUAUCGCCCGCACGUAUCCCGAGCACGACUUCUUCAAGGAGAAGGACAGUCUGGGCCAGGAGGUUCUCUUCAACGUCAUGAAGGCCUACUCGCUGGUGGACCGAGAGGUGGGAUAUUGUCAAGGCAGCGCUUUCAUCGUAGGGCUGCUGCUCAUGCAGAUGCCCGAAGAGGAGGCCUUUUGCGUUUUUGUCAAGCUGAUGCAGGAUUACAGGCUGCGAGAGCUCUUCAAACCCAGCAUGGCCGAGCUGGGACUCUGCAUGUACCAGUUUGAAUGCAUGAUUCAGGAGGACCUCCCCGAGCUCCACGUGCACUUCCAGGCACAGAGCUUCCACACGUCCAUGUACGCCUCCUCCUGGUUUCUCACCAUCUUCCUCACCUCCUUCCCGCUGCCCGUGGCCACACGGAUCUUUGACAUCUUCAUGUGCGAGGGUCUGGAGAUCGUGUUCCGAGUGGGCCUGGCCAUUCUGCAGAUGAACCAGGCCGAGCUGAUCCAGCUGGACAUGGAGGGAAUGUUACAGCACUUUCAGAAGGUCAUCCCUCGGCAGCUGGACGGCGGUCCCGACAAGGUCAUUCAGGCAGCCUAUCAGUUUAAGUACAACGCCAAGAAGAUGAAAAAGUUAGAAAAAGAAUACACUACCAUCAAGACCAAAGAAAUGGAAGAGCAAGUGGAAAUCAAAAGGUUACGCACAGAGAACCGCCUACUGAAGCAGAGGAUCGACACGCUGGAGAAGGAAAGUGCUUCCUUGGCAGAUAGAUUGAUCCAGGGCCAAGUGACUCGGGCUCAGGAGGCGGAGGAGAACUACCUGGUCAAGAGGGAGUUGGCCACGCUCAAACAGCAGAGCGAGGAGGCGGGUGCUCAGUUGGAGCAGGCCCACAAAACCAUCAGGCAGCUUCAGCAGCAGCCGCAAGGGAAGGGGGCGCUACGCUGUUCGGAGGAGGCGGUGCUGCAACUGGAGCGAGAGCUGGUGCAGGCGCGGCUCAAGGAGGCGGAGUCUCAGUGCGCUCUUAAGGAGAUGCAGGAUAAGAUCCUGGAUAUGGAGAAGCGCAACACGUCACUACCGGACGACACCAACGUGGCCCGACUACAGGAGGAGCUAAUGGCCGUGACGGUCCGGGAGACCGAAGCGCUGGCAGGCCUCAAGGAACUACGGCAGCAGGUCCGAGACCUGGAGGACCACUGGCAGCGCCACCUAGCGCGAACGUCGGGCCGCUGGCGGGAAAGCCCCAAGAAGAACACGCUGGCCGAACUUCAGGACGAACUCAUGAGCGUGCGGCUGCGUGAGGCCGAGGCUCAAGCCGAGAUGCGCGAAAGCCGUCAGAGGAUGCUGGAACUAGAAACGCAGAACCAAAUUCACGGCAAUCAGCUUCGCCGGGCGGAACAGGAAGCACGAGGCCUUCAAGAUCGCGUUCAGACGUUGACGUCGCAGAACAAAGAUCUCAACUCGCAGUUGCAGGAGAUCAAACGGCGGCAAGCCGAGAUGGAAUGCAAGAGCAAAGAGGAAGUGAUGGCGGUCAGGCUGAGGGAAGCUGACAACAUGGCCGCCAUGGCGGAGCUGCAGCAGCAGAUCUCAGAGUUGGAGAUUCAGAAAGAAGAAGGGAAGGUGAAAGGUCAACUGAACCACAGCGACUCCAACCAGUACAUCACAGACCUCAAAGAUCAGAUUCGCGAGCUCAAACACGAGAUUUGCUGCUUAAAGGGACAGCGCGACGCUUCAAGCAAAACAUCCGCCUUUGACGGCAUCCACAUCAUCAACCACUACGCACGGCGUCACCACCGGGACGACGAUGACGACGGCUCAUACCACUCUUCCGACGACGAGGGAGGCCCCAAGGACGGCCACCGCAUCGUCCUCCACCCCAAACUUGGCGGCACGGACAGCGAGGACGACGAAGACGAGGACAGCGACGCGUUGAGGCUCUCCGUCCCCGCCAACGUCGGGAAUCACAAAACCACCGCCGUGUGA